AUGGGAUCCGCUCUCAGCCAAUUGCAAAGAUUCUUAAAGAAGGAGGGCAUCACGUUGCCUCAGGCCAUACAAGAAGAGUUCGAGCAAAUUAACACUUUGAGAGACCAGCUUGGCCUACGCGAAGCAGAAUACGAUGAUGCCGAACAGCAGUAUAACGACCAGGAAGUCAAGUUCAUCCAGAGAUUAUCGAUGUUUGUCAAUGAUUUGCUGGAUGAUCUCCCUCGCCCACUUCCUACAAGUAGCCCAGAUGUUUUGGAGUCACAGACCAGUGGCGCAGCCGAGCUCACUUCCGAAAACCUGGAUGACUGGACGGUCCUCGCUGCAAGAACCGAAGACGACUAUGCAAAUCCAGUAACACAAACACCGACGACAACAUAUACGUCUGUUGCAGCGUCGAAUGGAUCCACACUAUUGACAGAUUCAGCCACCUCUGCUACAAGCACUCAAAGACAAUCUGCGCCGGCGCAGGACAAAGUCAAUUUCAUCCGAGAAUCCAUGUGUGGCAGCUCGAUAUGA